AUGCCUAUAUGCAUUACAUGCAGUACUCCGGUCAAGGAGCUAUAUACUGUCUACAGCAAGGCGGAUGAUCGAACCCUGGGCAAAGGCGUUCGCCUGACACAAUGCCCAAAUUGCAAACGAUUCGCCGACAAAUAUGUCGAACAUGACUUUGUCGUCCUGUUCAUCGAUCUGGUAUUGAUAAAACCGCAGGUCUAUCGCCAUCUUCUUUUCAACAGGCUGGGGCGCUCAGAUGACAAGUUCGAUCCCAGCAUCUUACGCCUGGGCACCUUGCUUAUCCUCUUCGAUGUCUACAUUACCUGGGCAAGAAUUGAAAAAUCAAAUGCAGCAAACGGUGGCACUGCUGUGGGAUCGCGGCUCAGCGAGAUGCCCAUUCUAGCACAAUAUCUUUUCUUCUUGACAAUGAACGUCCUGGCGACAUUUGCUCAGCAUGGCAUCAUUCGCGCACUGGUUCGGAAACUGGUGUCCCACCAGGAAAGGCAAGAGCAAGCCCAUGCAGAUGCGACGCCCACCACCGCCUCAUGUUCGACAACCGACGCCCGCUCGAGCAUUGCAACUAGUCACGCGAGUCCCAGCGCCAUCAGCACUGCCCUAUUAGUCUCCAGCUGCACCAAGUUAUUUCCCAUCUUGUUGGUCAUCUGGCCAACAGAAACAAAGGAGAGCGACUCAUUUGGUUUUGCUUUUCGAGCCACAAACUACGUGGGCUGGGCCGUCCUUCUCAACAACAUCGAAGCGUUGCUGAUUUUACUCAACUGUGGAUACGUGAUUGCUACUGGCUUGGCUAUUUCUGGGUUCGUCGCCCGGUGGAUUGUGGAAGGGUGGUUCUUGAGUUUCAUUGGACUGGCACGGGAUACUGGUCCUGUUGGAGAUGUACUGGCCGCUUAUCGCUUUCUUAGAGUGUGGCUCAAAGGUAGCUGA